AUCAUUCCUGCUAUCCAACAAUAGUACACACUAUGAAGAUGAGAAUACAGUUUAUCCUUGCCUUUCUGACUAUGAUUGUUAGUGUUUCAGGAGACUGUAAUGCUGGUCAUGGAAAGACAACUUGUAUCACAGAAGAUCUACUUCAGAUGUUCAUAAGAGUAAACAGACAAAGUGACAUAAAACCAGAGAGGCCUGCUUUCCUAGCUUUCGUGAAGAAUCAUCCAACACUGUCCAACAAUGUGAUAAAGUUUGAUGAUGUAGAAACAAAUAUUGGAAACCAUUACAACCCUACCACUGGAGUUUUCACUGCACCUGGAAAUGGCCUCUAUGUCUUGUUUUCCAUGAUUAUGGCAUAUGGUAGUACAACAAUUCAGUAUGAUUGGCGAAAGAAUGAUUCUAUUUUUUCUUACGGAUAUACAGACAAAGCAUACAGUAGUUCUCAGUCCCAGACAUUUAUCUUUGAACUGCAGAAAGGGGGUCGUAUUUACAUAAAGCACCGAACUUCAAGUAGUGAAAAACUACUCGGAGAACGAUUUUCUUAUUUCAGUGGCUACCUUUUACAAUAAAAGAAUUAAAACAUGUUUUAAUAUA